AUGGCUAUAGACACCUGGGCGGUGGCCAUCAGUGAGAGUCAGUGGACUCCGGAGGAGUGUCCCCAGGGCCAGACAGUGAGCGUGACUUCUGACCAGGACAGCAUCUGUGCGCCAAAGCUCUUCAAGUCUUGGAGACCGAGGUCACUGACCAGGAUCAAGCCCGGGCCUACUAGCCAACGCCACAGGCAGUCGGCCAAAGAGCUGUUUGUGCAGCUCCUGGGUAAAAGAGUGAUUGAAGAGCUGUGCAAGAAGGUUAACGGCUGCUCCUCUGAGUGUGCCAAUUCAUGUGGCCGGGAUGGAGAAAAAGAGAAGCAGCAGGUUCGAGGGUCAGACCUCCUGGCAUGGGCGGCAGUGGCCCUGCAAGGAGGUCUCAUUCCUGGAGAUGGUAGCGGAAAGGCCGCAGGCAUGGUUGCCACAGUGGAAAAAUGGCGACACAGAUUCCAGAAAAUUCUCUCGCGGAGUGCCCUGCUGAAUUUGAACGGAUGCAAGGAGAACACAGUGGGCCAGUGGGAUGCCUUUUACAAUCUCCAAGGAAGCAUCUCCAGGAAUUUCCAGACAUUGUACACUCCAGGGCGUCCGCUGUGCGUGAGAAAAUAUGCCUUGUCAUACAGAGGCCACCCGACUGAAUGCCAUAUGAAGAUGGCCCUCCUCUGUGAGGUGGAAUCUGGGUACGUGUGCAAUUUCUUCCUCUACUCGCCUGAGGUGCUUCAGAGGGGCUCCAAGACCCCUGUAACGGAACAAGUCCUUCAUCGGCUUUUACGGCCUUAUUACAACAAGGGCUACGACGUACAGCUGGACUCUUCUGCCAACGUGGAGGGGAGACUCGGCCAGGUGUUCUCAGAUCUGGGCAUACACCUUCAGUUUGUAAACCUGGGGACUGGAGAGGAUAACACGGUGAAACCCUUCUCGUCACCCCCCUCUCCCUCUGGCGUUCCACCCGUGAAGCAAGGGGAUUCUGGGAUUGAGGAUGACUCCACGGCUCUCUUAAGACCUUACCUCCAUGGCUGGGUUGGUCCAGUCCUCCUUCCUUGGGCAUCGGAAACGUGGGAGCACCAAACCUCGGUUUUUCUGCCAGGCUUCUGGGUGGUGGUGCAGCUCGGGUGCAUCGACGCGUUUGUGCUGUACUCGCUGCGGUCGCGGGUGCCUAGCAGCCAUAUCGGCCUGUGUGAUUUCACUUACGGGUUAGCCACGGAGCUGUCUGUGGCAUAUCUGCCUGCUACUCCACUAACAACGCCGUCAAUCUCCCGCCUGUCCAGCCAGUCCAAUGUCAAAAACGGUCCAACAAGGAGGACCAGUAUGGUGCAGUGUCCCGGUCUCUGUGGGCUGGCCAACUGCGGGAACUCCUGCUACAUGAACGCCGUUCUGCAGUGCCUGCUGGGCACAGUGCCCCUGGUCGAGCACUUCCUGGACAGACAAAACAGGAGCAAGAUAUCGAGCCUCCAGAGUCAGGUGGUUGCUGGAUCCUUCCUCAGGCUGGUGGAGGAGGUGUGGUUGGUCAGACGGGACAGUUGGACCCCGUCAGAAAUGAGGGACGUGGUGUGCACCCUCCACCCGCAGUUCGACAACAGCUGUCAGCAGGAUGCUCAAGAGCUGCUGCUCUUCCUCUUGAACGCCCUCCAUGAUGACCUCAAAACGAAGGAGGAGAGACAAGAUGGUGAUAACUCCGUGGACCCACCGGAAACCUCCAUCAUCACUCGCCUGUUUGAGGGCCAGCUCAGCUACGUCACGCUCUGCAUGGACUGCACCCAUGAGAUCCAGAGGAACCAGGUCUUCACCAUGCUGUCGCUGCCCGUACCCAACCACCUCAUCAAGUGCUCACUGCAGGACUGCCUGGCUCUCUUCUUCCAGCAGAGCACUCUGACAAACAACGAGCGCAUGCUGUGUCCAGAGUGUGGGCUGAGACAGGACACUGCUGUGAAGACCACUCUGGUCAGGCCCCCCGAGAUGCUAGUGCUGCACCUUAAGCGUUUUGAAUGCCGUGGAAAUCACAAAAAGAAGCUGAAGACCAAUGUGGUCUUCCCUUUGGAGAACCUGGACCUGAGCGUGUUUUCGCCCAACCUGUCCCCCCGACACAGCAAAUACUCUCUCUACGCCGUGGUGAACCACACGGGAAACUUGGACAUGGGGCACUACACGGCGUACCUGCACAAUGCCCACACCCGCAGCUGGCAUAAGUUUGACGACGCUGUGGUGAGGGACAUUCAGGACCAACGCGUCCAGUCGCUGGGCGCCUACAUCCUGCUCUACACAUGCGAGAAGUUCCGCCGGCCACGCAUCCUGGGCGUGUGACUCAGCUCCGCGCGACAC